AACGAUAUUGACUUCACGGACAUUUGAUUCCACAAAUCAGCAAGCCUCACACUAACACCGCAUCUCUAGAGUGAGAUGGUGGACCCCAGCAAAUUGUGCAGCGUCUGCUUCGGCAUGUUGCAACCAGGUCUGGAAGCUGUUGAGCUUAGCCUCCUUGCAGAUUGCCAGCACCACAGCACAUUCUCUAGCUUCAAACAGGCUGUCGAAGAUGGAUGCCUUAUAUGUGCGAAACUCUGGGACUCCGUGACAGAUGUCUCCAUCAUAGUUUGAAGUACAAAAGAAAUGUGUUUUGCUUCCUUCCGUGCGAGGAUGAGAAGUCUUCUAUACUGAUAGCAUGCUCUAUCGACUUCGAAACCAGUACGUCAUCAGAUAAAGUCCAUCAGCUGGGUUAUGAGUGGUACGAAGAAUGUACUGGCUCGCACGAAUCUUGUCAACGAUUGCGGUCUUCACCAAAAUUUGCCCCAUCGCGGCUCAUCGACAUUAGUUCUGGUGAUGACUGGAAGCUUUGUCUAUAUCCACAGGAUAUUAUAGACACUCCAGAUUAUAUGACCCUGAGUUACAGAUGGGCCAAAAACCCUUCGAUUGUCCUUUUGAGCUCGAACCUUGAAGACUUUCGCAGGGGCGCACCGAUUUCUCGCCUUCCCAAGACAUUCAGAGAAGCCAUCACUGUUGCGCGUCGGUUCUCCGUCAAGUACAUGUGGAUUGACUCGUUGUGCAUCAUUCAAGACUCUCUAGAGGAUUGAGCUCGAGAAUCACUCCAGAUGCACCAGGUCUAUGCGAACUCUGCCUGCAUCAUCUCCGCAACCGCUUCCGAAGGGCCUGAUGAAGGGCUAUUUCG